CAGUAAAUAUUACUGAAGUGACCGGCAAAUAAUCUUUUAUAUUUCCAUAUUUUCUGGAUUUUUGUCAGUACAUUCACUGCGAGUUGUGAGUACGAACACAAAGAAUUGUUAUAGAUUUUCCAAUCAAUUUGGACGAAGUCAAAAUGGAUUUCCUCGAAUAUUCGGAAAUCCAAACCGAAAUUAAAGGAGCCAUUACACCCGGAAAGCUUAAAUUUACAGAUCAACAUAUAAUUUUCAAAAACAGUAAGACUGGGAAAGUGGAGCAGAUCAGUGGCUCUGAUGUUGAAGUUGCCAACUGGCAGAAACACGUCGGUUGCUGGGGAAUCCGUCUUUUUUUGAAAAAUGGCAACUUGCACAGAUUCAUUGGCUUCAGAGAGCAGGAGCAGGAAAAGCUAGCCAAGUUCUUCAAGAAGAAUUACGACAAGGAAAUGCUAGAGAAAGAGCUCAGCCUGAAAGGCUGGAAUUGGGGCACAGCCAAGUUUCUUGGUUCAGCCCUGAGCUUCGACGUGGGCAAUUACACAGCUUUUGAGGUUCCUUUGAACAACGUGUCGCAGUGCACAACUGGGAAGAAUGAGGUCACCCUCGAAUACCACCAGAACGACGACGCGGCAGUCAGUCUUCUUGAGAUGCGAUUCCACAUCCCCUCGAGCGAGCUGGCCGGCGAUGACCCUGUCGACCAGUUCCAGCAGAAUGUAAUGAAUAAAGCCAGCGUCAUCAGCGCGGUUGGGGAUGCUGUCGCGAUUUUCAGAGAAAUCCAAUGCCUCACUCCUCGUGGUCGCUACGACAUCAAGGUGUUCCCCACUUUUUUCCAAUUGCACGGCAAGACUUUCGACUACAAAAUCCCCAUGUCGACGGUGCUGCGACUGUUUAUUUUGCCACAUAAGGAUGGUCGGCAGAUGUUCUUCGUGGCUUCACUAGAUCCCCCCAUCAAGCAGGGCCAGACCCGUUACCACUUCCUUGUCUUCUCAUUUGGUCCUGAUGAGGAAACAACUAUUGAUCUGCCAAUGUCUGAGGAAGAGUUGAAGGAGAAAUACGAUGGGAAGCUCUCCAAAGAACUGUCAGGCUCAACCUGCGAGGUUCUCAGCAAAAUAAUGAAGUGCAUGACUGGAAGGAAAAUAACUAUGCCUAACACAUUUGUCGGUCACUCUGGCACACCUGCCGUUGGCUGCUCAUACAAAGCGGCUGCUGGUUACCUGUACCCUCUGGAGCGAGGCUUCAUCUAUGUUCACAAACCGCCAGUGCACAUCAGGUUUGAAGAGAUCAUGAGCGUCAACUUUGCUAGGAGCGGCGGAAGCACAAGAUCUUUUGAUUUUGAGGUGGAGCUCAAGUCAAGCAUCACGCACACGUUCAGCAGUAUUGAGAAAGACGAGUACACAAAGCUGUUUGACUUCAUCCAGAACAAGAAGCUGCACAUCAAGAACAAGGGCAAGGCAGACAAGCCUAACUACGCAGACGACUUUGGUGACUCCGACAAGGAGGACGCGCCGGACGCGUACCUGGCCAGAGUCAAGCGGGAGGCCAAGGAGCGCGACGAGGAUGACGAUGAUGAGGAGGAUGAGUCUGAAGACGAGGACUUCAAGCCCACCGAGGAGCAAAGUGACGUCGCAGAGGAGUUUGACAGUAACGUGUCCUCAAGUGACUCAGACGAGGACAGCGACGCCUCAGAGGGCACCAAAGAAAAGAAGAGGAAGGAAAAGGAGAAGAAGAAGGAAAAGAAGGCCAAGAAAACAAAAUCUGUGUCUGAAAAGCCAAGGAAGAAGAAGGAAAAGAAGGAAGACGACGGAAAGCCAAAGAGGCCUAUGUCUGCCUACUUCCUCUGGUUUAAUAGCAACAGGGAAAAUAUCAAGAAGAAGUACCCUGGAAUCUCCGUUACGGAAGUGGCUAAGAAGGCUGGCGAGAUGUGGAAAGAGCUCACCGAUAAAUCGCGGGAAGACAAAAGACUGAUUAAGGCUGAUCGCAUGCGGAUGUUGAAAUGCCAAGAAUUUCUAGCUAGGCAUAGGCAAAGCAGGCUAGGUAAAUUUCUGUCCAGACUAGGACGAGCCGAUCCGAUCUCAGUUUCAGUUUCCCUAGGCCAAGCUAGCUGCAACUUAGAUUUUGGCGUUGCCAAGGAAAAGGAAAAGCCGGAUUUUUCCAUUAGCCCUGUUGAUGAUGACUCUGAGUCUUCAUGGAGCGGCUUGUCCCUGGAAUGUUCUGAUUUUGACAGCAUCGACGAGGCUGACGUGAUCGCUUCAAUGCAGGCAGAGAAGGAGGAAAAAGAGCUGCGUGAGAAAAUCUUAGCCGAAAUGCAACUCAAGACCAAAAUGAAUGGAGAGACAUCGGCGAAAAAUACAGCUGUUGUCGCUCCCGCGAUCAGACCCUUGGAUCUCGGCCCCCAGCUCUACAAUAGUCCGCAGUUGCAAGUGCCCAGAUACUUUCGUGCGCCGUUCGUGCCGAAUCCAAACCAAUUUUCUCAACCCUUUGCUCGCGUCCCGUGGAACUAUCCUGUUUAUAGACCCUAUUUCUUCUAUUGAGCUGAUUUGCUGCCUGAUUUGCAUGUUUAUUAUUUUCUAUUUCAGAAAUAGAAGGCUGUUAACAUUUUGUGUUGAAAUUUAUCAGAGAUUUUGAUAAAACGUUUUUGCAUGCACGCUUUGGUGUUUAAUUUUCGCACUUGACUCUGGCUUUAUU